CCGACUACUCGGAGGACGUGGAACACUACAAACAGGAACUUUAAAGGGAAUGAAAUCUGUUGCCUGUUCCACUAGGAAUAUUGUUUGCAAGGCACAAGGUGUCUUUUGGUAGUGAGCACCCUCUGCGCAUGCGCAGGUCCUUUCGGGAAUUACUGCCCUGCCGCCGACUAAGUUGCAUUCCUUGAAUCUUCGCAGGAAAGACAAUUCUUUAAUCAGAGUUAGUAAUGUGGACAGUACAAAAUCGAGAGAGUUUGGGGCUUCUCUCUUUCCCUGUGAUGAUUGCCAUGGUCUGUUGUGCACACAGCGCCAAUGAGCCCAGCAACAUGUCAUACGUGAAAGAGACAGUGGACAGAUUGCUCAAAGGAUAUGACAUUCGCUUGCGGCCGGACUUUGGAGGGCCCCCUGUGGACGUAGGGAUGCGGAUCGAUGUCGCCAGCAUAGACAUGGUCUCCGAAGUGAACAUGGAUUAUACACUCACCAUGUAUUUCCAGCAGUCUUGGAAAGACAAAAGGCUUUCUUAUUCUGGAAUCCCGCUAAACCUCACGUUAGACAACAGGGUAGCUGACCAACUGUGGGUGCCAGACACCUACUUUCUGAAUGACAAGAAAUCAUUUGUGCAUGGGGUUACGGUGAAAAAUCGAAUGAUCCGACUGCAUCCUGAUGGAACGGUUCUCUACGGACUCCGGAUCACAACCACAGCUGCAUGUAUGAUGGAUCUACGAAGAUAUCCUCUGGAUGAACAGAACUGCACUCUGGAGAUUGAAAGUUAUGGCUAUACCACUGAUGACAUUGAGUUUUACUGGAAUGGAGGAGAGGGAGCAGUAACUGGAGUUAAUAAAAUUGAGCUUCCUCAGUUUUCAAUUGUCGACUACAAGAUGGUGUCCAAGAAAGUGGAGUUCACAACUGGGGCAUAUCCACGACUGUCACUAAGUUUUCGUCUAAAGAGAAACAUUGGUUACUUCAUUUUGCAAACCUACAUGCCUUCCACACUGAUUACAAUUUUGUCCUGGGUGUCUUUUUGGAUCAACUAUGAUGCAUCUGCAGCCAGAGUUGCACUAGGAAUCACCACCGUGCUGACAAUGACAACCAUCAGCACUCACCUCAGGGAGACCUUGCCAAAGAUCCCUUAUGUCAAAGCGAUUGAUAUUUACCUGAUGGGUUGCUUUGUGUUUGUGUUCCUGGCUCUGCUGGAAUAUGCCUUUGUAAAUUACAUCUUCUUUGGAAAAGGCCCUCAGAAAAAGGGAGCUAGCAAACAAGACCAGAGUGCCAAUGAGAAGAACAAACUGGAGAUGAAUAAAGUUCAGGUCGACGCCCACGGCAACAUUCUGCUCAGCACCCUGGAAAUCCGGAACGAGACGAGCGGCUCGGAAGUGCUGACGGGCGUCAGCGAGCCCAAGGCCACCAGCAUGUACUCGUACGACAGCGCCAGCAUCCAGUACCGCAAGCCGCUGAGCAGCCGCGAGGGCUACGGGCGCGCGCUGGACCGGCACGGCGCGCACAGCAAGGGGCGCAUCCGCCGGCGCGCCUCGCAGCUCAAAGUCAAAAUCCCCGAUUUGACUGAUGUGAAUUCCAUAGACAAGUGGUCCCGAAUGUUCUUCCCCAUCACCUUUUCUCUUUUUAACGUCGUUUAUUGGCUUUACUACGUACACUAA